CCUACAAUAACACCCUUGUAAAUCUUACUUGGAUUAGGUACUUAGCCCACUGUAAAAGACAUGUACUCACAUCGGAAUAGGCGUCAACUUCUCGAAGCUUUCACAAUUAAACUCUAUUCAUUGUCUGACAACUUAUUGACACCUCACCUCUCGAAGACUCUUAGUGCCGUUAAUACUAUAUAGACGUUAUAAACGGAUCCGUCAUCAAUAUGGAGCCCUGGAGGAAAAAACAACCCGUAAUCGACAUGCUCCAUAAUAAUUUAUAGUGCUAGCCUUACAGCCCUAGCCUCUCUUCGCAUCCAUGAUAAUUCUUCAACAUCAUUAGAAUCUAUACACAUAAUUCAAUAGUAAGAUGCAACUUUCCUACCUGCCAAUAAAUCGUAAUACGAAUAUCAUCUAUACUCAGGCCCAAGACUCAAAGAUAUAAGCGAAGUCAUAAACCACUUUCGCCUUCGGACCGCCUACAUCUGAAGCGGCCACUCCUCCAACAAGGAUGCCUUCUAAUCCCAGUAACAAGGCCCAACAUGGCCAAGGGCGCUCAACGAAGCAACGAGCCUUGGACGAUCUAGUAAUGGCCACAAACAGCAGUAGUAUAGUAUCUAAGAGGAGUGUAGAGAGAAUCUACUAUUCUAAUGAACCUCAUUUCUUUCGCUUCUUCGUUAAGAAAUUCCAACGGCGAGCUCCACUGAUCAAUCGAGGUUAUUAUAUCCGAUUACAUGUGAUCGAUGUUGCGGUUCAUCGGUUUCUUGAAAGGCCCUCGGAGAAGAAGAAAGUUGUUGUGAAUCUGGGCUGCGGCAGCGAUGUGCUACCAUGGCAAUGCAUGACGCGAUAUCCGGACAGGUGUCAGAACGCCAAAUUUAUAGACAUUGAUUUUCCCGAUCUAAUAGAAAAGAAAUGUCGAGUCGUCCAGGAAACUCCAGAGCUUGUCUCUCCCUUGACAGCGUUAAAGACCAAUGGGGAAAAUAAUGUACAGCUACAGAGUGACCAGUACGUUCAGAUCGGUUGCGAUCUACGUCGAAUCUCCGAUAUGGAACAAGCGCUCUCAACCGUAGUCGAUAUCCCUCAAUGCGAAUUCAUGUUUGUAGCUGAGGUCUCUAUCACUUACAUGGAAACUGAAGGUGCAGAUUCGGUUAUCAAAUGGGCUAGCACUCUUGGUCAAGCCGAAUUUUGUUUACUCGAGCAAAUACUUCCCGACGGUGAAGACCACCCCUUUGCGAAAACUAUGUUAAGCCAUUUUGAGAAAUUAAAAACUCCCCUUAAAUCCGUCUUCACCUAUCCCGAUCUCUAUUCCCAGCGACAGCGUUUCGCUAGUCGAGGCUGGUCACAUGUUGACGUUGAGAGUCUUUGGCAGAUAUGGUCAAAUGAUGGGUGGCUCUCUGCUGAUGAGCGAAGGAAACUUGAUGCUAUUGAACCAUUUGACGAGUGGGAAGAAUUUGCACUUUUCGCCAGCCAUUACUGCGUGGUCGUCGCCAAGACCGGCCCAGAACAAAAGAUUCCCGGCACUCUCAAGGGUUUGGAAAAACUCGAGCUUCCGGUGGUACCUUUAAAUACAAAUUUAAGAGAAUACUCUAGCACUAGAGGUCAACGUCGAUUUGGCGCCGCGAUGAAAUUGAAGAAUAAUCUAGGAGAGGAAUUCCUAGCCAAUGCAUUUGGACUUGGAACAAACAGCCGACUAAGAUCAUAUGACGUAUAUACGAAAGAGUCGUCUCUACAGGACGUUACGACAGGUUAUACAGGUCCUAGUAGUCGUAUGUGCCAUACUAUCACAGACUUGGGCGAAUAUGGUAACUUGCUUGUGGGUGGCAGGACGUCUCCGUCGAGCGCUCUACGAGAUUGUUGGCUUUUCGAUAAGAAGGCUAACAAAUGGCAACGAGUGGAUGACCUUCCAAUACCUUUAUACCGACACAGUAUAACAAGACUUGGUCGUUCAAAUAUGGCUUUAUCAAUUGGCGGCAAAUCUGGACCAUCAGAUAUUUUCGGCGGCUGUUUAUUGUAUCGACCGGACCCCGGUUGGAUUGAAUGUAAAAUCGAAGGGUCGAACUACAGACCGGUCUUUGGAGCUCUGUUGGUUAGUUUCCAAGAAGCGGCCCGUUCCGCGACAAGUAACGAUAUUCAAUUCCACGGCGUAUUGUCGGGUGGAAUUCCCCGAGAUGGCGUCGUCAUUAACCAAAUUCUACGAUGGGUUGUGUCAUUCUCGGAAAAUGGCGAGCCAACGAUCUCAUUCACGAUUUUAUCGAAUAUAGAGCGCUCUGGCUCUUUGGCCCAAGAGGUGAGUGGCAUUGACAACCCCGAUGGUAUUAUCAACCGUUUCGGUGCUUCUGGCUUUGUAUCACCCGAGGGUUAUUUGACUAUCGUUGGUGGUAUCAUCGGAGAAAAUAUCGUUACACGAUAUUUCGAUAUCUUGAUCAUCAAUGUUUCCAGCUCACGUUACAAGAUCCUCUCAGCAUGCAAUGCAGCAAUAAGCCCACGGCCAAUGCUAAUAGGUGUGUCGACCGAGUUGACCGACAAUGAUCAAUUGGUCGUUAUGGGUGGCGGUGCGACAUGCUUCUCUAUGGGGACAUUCUGGAAUCCGGGCUGUUAUACACUGAAAUACAAUCCCAAGGAUAUCAUCGCUAGACCAUCAUCUUCAUCUGAAAAUGGCAGAAGAUGGGAACUUUCGAAGAUUGUAGAGCUUACGGAAGAAGCCGACCCUCAACAUACCUCAACGUCUUUGUGCAGUAAACAACUCGCGGUUAAAGUCGAUAUACCUAGGCUCCAGGUCAGGACGGCGGCCGAAUUUCUAGCAGUUCUGGAGACCGGUAAACCUGUUGUCAUAGAGCAAAGCAAUUUAGGGAGCUGUGUCCAGAACUGGUCAUCAGACUAUAUCGUGAAACAACUUGGCUCUGAUAGAGAGGUCGUUGUUCAUGAAGCGAAUAAUUCUAAGAUGAAUUUUAAUAGCAAGAAUUUUGCCUAUGUCACAAAGAAGCUUGGAGAUAUGAUGCAGGAAAUCGCCAACGGCCACAAAUUGUACCUGCGUGCGCUCUCGGACGAGCAUCCAUCUAACCAACCAGCGAAUAUAAAGGUGGAUUUUCCGCAAUUAGCCGCUGAUUUCCAACUUUCCGAUGCGCUAUCAUUUGUUAGGGAGAAUGAGUUCAGUUCUGUGCUACGAAUUACUGGACCUGUGGAUAUGUGGCUUCAUUACGACGUUAUGGCAAACCUGUAUUGCCAAGUAACAGGCUCAAAAAGGUUCAUUUUGUUCCCACCAUCGGAUGUUACCCGACUCUCGUUCGCACCGGGCUCAUCUAGUUCGAACAUCGACGCAUUUUCCGAGCUUCAGUCGCCUUCUCUAGCUGAGACACAUCCUCACGAAGCUGUACUCAAGCCAGGCGAUAUACUGUUCCUUCCGCCUCUUUGGAUGCAUACUGCGACACCGUUGAGUAACCUAGGUGUGGCCGUUAACGUUUUCUUCCGUAACCUCGAAAAUGGCUAUUCAACUGGGAGGGAUAUUUAUGGAAACCGAGACCUUGCGGCUUAUGAAAAGGGCCGACAGGACGUUGCACGGAUUGCGAAUGCUUUUAGCAAGAUACCAUCCGAUAUGCGAGAAUUUUAUAUCAAGCGGCUAGCCGAUGAACUCGCUCACAAGACCCACGACUAAAGAGCAAUUUGUGGGUAUUGCGACGACUGAAUUACAAUAAUAGUAUUUAGUCC